AUGGAGACACGCAGCACAGAAUACCAAAUACAAGUGUGGAGACUCCAUGGUGGGAAGUGGGCACGCUGCAGCUCGGAACUGUCAGUAGUGGUUGGAGCCGUUGGAGGUGGGUCAGGAGCUUUGUUCGCUGGCCAAGAUGGACCAAAGGAGGCCGGCGUGGAAUUCGAGGAAUUUGUCCAGACUGACUAUCACCACGAAGAGGAGUAUCUUCAAACAUGGAGAUCCUACCAUGGCAUUGGCAUUCCCUCUAUUUCUAUUAUGCUUAUGCUUCACGAACUCAUCAAAUUACUGCACCAUGCCUGGUGCUGUAAUGUUACCAUUAUCAAAAUUGGUACAUCAGGGAGAAUAGGUACUGCCCUGGGGUCUGUUGUAAUAGCAGAUGCAGCCACAGACUCCUUCCUUGAUCCCUGGUUUGAAUAGGUAAUCUUGGACAAUAUCACUACCUGAAGUGCUAAACUUGACAAGGAACUGGCCCAGGAGCCUCAGCUACAGCAAGGGAAUCCCCCCUUCCCAGUCCUCAUCAGACAUGUGAUGUGUACCUAGGAUUUUUAUGAAGGUGACAAGAAGCCAGGUCAACUAGAUGGAGCAUUAUGGUCCUUUUCCAGAGAAGAAAAGUUACAUUGCUUGAAGAGAGCAUAUAAAGCCAGAGUGCAAAAUACUGAAAUGGAAUCAGCAGUGUUUGUGGCUGCAUGUAGGUUUUGUGGUCUGAAAGUAAUGGCCAACGCCACCCUGUCCGUCCAGACCACACUGUCCAUCCAGACCACCUUCUCUAAUGGCCUUUUCUGUCCUUUUAAUAUUACCAGAUGA